CAACAAUUUCCAGCGUUGUGAAGAAAAAAGGCAUGUUGCUAAUCAAUCCAGGAAGCUGCACGUUGUAUAACCAACUGGACCUAAUGAAAUCAACGGAGUUGGUGAAACAAAAGUGAAACACCACUUGCUCAGCGGGAGCUCAUUAAUGCGCGCAAUAUCGUUGUUGCUGCUUUCGAAACUCGUCGACAAGGUGAUAUUUUUGCCUGCUUGUUUCUCGACUUCUGGCCAUUUUUGAACUUUCGCUUACUUGGUGAUGAGCCAACAACUAUGUUAUAAAGUUCAACCAAUAGUUCACCUUUGUGCACAAGUUGAUUUCUGCUAGUGGUAGUCUACAAAGCUAACGACGAUGGCAAGAUAUACUCGAAUUCCGGGAUCACUUGCAUUGAUCACACUUACAAAUCCGCCUGUGAAUGCGCUGAGCGUUGCAGUGCGACAGGGCAUCAUUGACACAAUGAGCAGGGCCCUCAGUGACCCGGAAGUGAAAGGCGUGGUGCUAUGCGGGGAGAACAGGAAGUUCUGUGGGGGGGCCGACAUCAGGGAGUUUGCUGGGCCAAUGAAGGGGCCGCACCUGGUCCCGACGUUCGAUUCCAUCGAAGCCGCAGAGAAGCCCGUGGUGGCAGCCAUCGAGGGCGUGGCUCUGGGCGGGGGCCUGGAGCUGGCACUGGCCUGCCACUACCGCAUUGCCCACGUGAAGGCACGGCUGGGGCUGCCCGAGGUCACCCUGGGUCUGCUUCCAGCAGCAGGGGGAACCCAGCGUCUGCCUAGACUCAUCGGGGUGCCCGCUGCGCUCGACCUCAUCACCACAGGGCGGCACGUGUCUGCACAGGAGGCGCUGAAGCUGGGCAUUGUGGACCGUGUGACGGACGGGGACGCGCGGGAGGUGGCGGCGGAGUUUGCGCGGAGCGUGUCAGCGGAGCGGCCCCUCGCCCUGCCCCGCCUGAGCGCCCAGCCGACCCCCCGCCCCCCCGACCUGGACGCCCUCCUGGAGGCGGCGAUGGCGCAGGUCCGGCAGCGCGCCCGGGGGGCCCUGGCGCCCGUGGCCUGCGUGCAGGCGGUCGCGGCGGCCGCCAACCUGCCCUACGGCCAGGGGAUGAGGAAGGAGAGCGAGCUGAUGGACACCCUGUUCGGCUCGGGACAGGCCCGGGCCCUGCAGUACUGCUUCUUCUCCCAGAGGGCCGUGGGGAAGUGGAGCACGCCCAGCGGAGCGCGCUGGGACAACAGCGCCCCCCGCCCGGUCCGCAAGGCCGCCGUCAUAGGUCUAGGCACUAUGGGGAGAGGGAUAGUCGUGUCCUUCGCUCGGGCGGGGAUCCCGGUAGUUGCCGUAGAGAUGGACGCAAAGCAGCUGGAGGCGGGCAGUCAGGCGGUGGCCGGCAUGUUGGAGAGAGACGCGGCGAGGCGGGGGGCGGAGCCAGCCCUGGGCCUGGUGCGCUACGCGGCGGACCUGCGGGACCUGCGCGAGGUGGACCUGGUGGUGGAGGCCGUGUUCGAGGACCUGGCCCUGAAGAGGCAGGUGUUCGGCGAGCUGUCAUCCGCUUGCGAGCCCGACACUCUGCUCUGCUCCAACACCUCCAGCCUGGACCUGGACCAGUUGGCGGCCGCCGUCCGCCGCCCGGAGCUGGUGGUGGGCAUGCACUUCUUCGCCCCGGCGCACGUGAUGAAGCUGCUGGAGGUCGUCUGCGGGCCGCGCUCCGCCCCCGCCGCCGUGGCGACGGUCAUGCAGCUGGGCAAGAGGCUGGGGAAGGUGAGCGUCGCCGUGGGCAACAGCCCGGGCUUCGUGGGGAACCGCAUGCUCAUGCCCUACCUAAGGCAGGCCAGCUUCCUGCUGGAGGAAGGAGCCUCGCCCGAGCAGGUGGAUGGGGCGCUGGAGGAGUUUGGCUUCCCCAUGGGCGUGUUCAGGAUGUCCGACAUGUCCGGGCUGGACGUGGGGUGGAGGGUGCGCAAGGGGUUUGGGCUGACGGGGCCCGGUGUGGCCCCGGGGGAGCCCACGCGCAGCCGGCAGGGGUCCAGGUACUGCCCCCUGCCGGACCUCCUGUGCGAGCAGGGUCGGCUGGGCCAGAAGACGGGGAGCGGCUGGUACCUGUACGACGGGCCCGGAGGGCAGGAGGCCAGGCCCGACCCCUGGAUGCGGGGCUUCCUGGAGGAGUACCGGAGCCUCCACGGCCUGCGCGCGCGCCCCAUCAGCCAGCAGGAGGUGCUGGAGCGCUGCCUGUACGCGCUCACCAACGAGGGCUUCCGCGUCCUGGAGGACGGCAUGGCCGCGGGGCCCGAGGACGUGGACGUCAUCUACGUGGUGGGCUACAGCUGGCCGGCGCACACGGGCGGGCCCAUGUUCCACGCGGCGGCCGUCGGCCUGCCCGCCGUCCUGGACAGGCUGGAGCACUACCACCGGGCCCACCCCGACGUCCCGGAGCUCCAGCCCAGCCCCCUCCUGCGCAAGCUGGUCGCCAUGGGCAGCCCGCCCAUCCACAAGUGGAGGGAGGUCAUCAAGGGCAUCCACAGUCAGCUGUGAGAAGCCCAGGUCACCACCAUUCCAGCUCAAAUAAGUUGAUCAGUUAAUCGUUUAAUUAAGUGCCUCCGUGUUUCUUUGCUCUUAUAAUAAGAAGUGACUGUGAAUGAUGUAACAAUGUUUCUGCCGCCCUGAUUCGUCAAAACCAAUUGUCCUGGAGGACUGCAGUGUCCUGAAGGUUUCUUAUGUAGGCGCAUGCACACAUGACCUCAGAAUCACCAACUAGUUCAGGUCCAGGAAACCAGGUGAAGUGAGUUAACUGCAAUAAACUGCUUUAAUUGAUCAAUAAGUGCUGAAUAACAACAAAAAAACCAGCAGGUUUUUGGCGCUCGAUGGGCUGGACCAACUGAGUACUGGUCCAAACUAUAGGUAAUUGUUGACUGUAUUCAACUGAGAAAAACCUUGAAAAGUUUCAGCUAAACUAUGACUAUUAAAGGUGCUAUAUAACCCCGACUCAUUACAUUACAUUUACAUAAAAUUUAUUUAGCUGACACUUUUAUCCAAAGCAAUGAAAAAAAAGUCCAUAUCAUGGUCAUUGGAAAAAACUCAUGUUUUGAGUCAGGAUUACGGUUCUCUAGACACUGGAUGGAGUUUCAAAUAAACCGCUCCUUUGAUGACAGGGCAAAAGCUGGUGAGGAAUUUGGAAUAUGCACAACAAGCAAACUUUGAUCAUAACCUUAAUAUUUUUUGGCUUUUGUGAAGUCUGAAAAUGGAGAUGACAAAAAGCUGAAAAUGCUUUUUAUCAUCUUUUCAAACAGCUGAAAAUAAAUGACUAAAACAUCUGGUCUGUUAUCCACCAUAUUUUUUUUUGCAUGCUUGGAAUUGCAAGGGUUGCCCGUGGCUAAGGUUGAGUUUGUGAGACCGGGGCUGAGAGAUUCCUUGUCUGACCUCUAACGUGGCUUAGGGAACCCUUGGGGGUUUUAUAAUACAGGUUUACUGAAAUUGCCGAUAAUUCCCUUUGAAAGAGAAUGUUCAUCCGAUCUCCGUGUGAUGACAUUCUGAGGCAAUCGAAGCAUUUUCUCGUUUUUUGUAUUUUCUUCACUGGCCAUGAACUUGGAGGCUUUCAGUCUUAUCCUUGGCAUGCCCCUGCAUGGGAUUAUGGGAUCUAUUUUGAAAAAAAAAAUUUUUUUUUAAUAAAAUGCACAAAAUGAAUUUGGAGUUUAGCAGAAGGUUUUAUCCCGAGUGACUUAUACGGAUUACUUUUAUUUAAAAGAAAAUCAGUUUUACAGCUGGGCGUUCGACAGAAGCCAGUCGGGUGAAGUGCCUCGCUUUAGGGCACGCUGGCAUCGUACCUCCUGGGAAUGGAACCGACAUCCUUACGAGUUACGAGCGCGGCUCCCUGACCGUCGUACCGCACCGCCGGGAGGGAGGCUCGUAACCUGCCGCGGCGCGUUCUCGGCACGGAAGGAAACGGGCGGGACGGAGGGGCUGUUGUCGCUCAUAAAAGCCCAGCAAUUGGAUGGCGUGUUUGACAAAUGUUAGCGAAUUAAAGGUUAUGCUUUAGGGGCUGGCACACGCCUUUUUACGACCCGCGGUGCGCGUGAUGUUGUGAAACUGCCAAAUUCGAUUCCACGCGGACCUCCACAGAGUUUAUAGAUGUUGGCCGUUUAAUGAAAUGAUAUUGAAGCUGAACGUGCACUCUCGUGAACUGUGUCCUGCGGGGCCUAUAAGGGUAUAUGAUCAUAUGAAGGGAAGGUGAAGUUUUGGACCGGUCUUGGCAGGUGAAUGUAUUUAGAUCCAAAUCAAUCAAAAUGUUUUUUUGUACAGACACUUUUGAUGGAAUCAAGAAUGGAAACCUCUAAACCAUCUGGAAAAACAGAAAUGAUGUGAUCCCCACAAAAAAAAGAAUCUUAUAGACACUCUUGGAUGUGGUGGGAAGAAAAACAACGGAACAAAAUAAAGGUUUGUAGUGUAAAUAAUGUACA